AUGGGCCCCUGUACCGCCUCCUCAUGCUGCUGCCAGGCCCGUAAUCUGCCAUGGGCCCCGUACCGACUCCUCAUGCUGCUGCCAGGCCCGUAAUCUGUCAUGGGCCCCUGUACCGCCUCCUCAUGCUGCUGCCAGGUCCAGAGUGUGUCAUGGGUCCCUGUACGGCCUCCCAUUGCUGCUGUCUCCAUCGCCACACUCUGCCAUGUGCCACUUUUCAGGUCUCCUCACACUGCUGUGGGUUCCAUUUUGUCAUAGGGUGCUGUAUGGCCUCCCAUUGCUGCUGCCUCCACCGCCACACUGUGGCUCCACACUCUGGUUUUGGCCCCGUGACUGCCCAAAUGAGUGAAGUGUGCGGUGAUUCUAACAUCGACGGCACUCAUCUGCAUGUCAUACGGACUGACAGUAUAUUUUCUCUUUCCCAGCAGACUCCAAGGGCAUUUAAAUUAAAGGUACAGUGUUCUGCACUAAUAUAA